GGGUAAAGAGGUUCUACAACCGAAACCUGUUCAGCAAUACACAAACUUCACAAGCUUCAUUUUCUUCCUUUCGAGGGAUUAAAACCACUGCAGUCAUGGCUUCCUCCAGCAUUGUCCUGUUUGAAGAUCAGCUCCUGUGUCCCGUCUGUCUGGAUGUGUUCACUGAUCCAGUGUCUACUCCAUGUGGCCACAACUUCUGUAUGAUCUGUCUCAAAGAAUUCUGGGACAGCAGUUUACACUGCCAGUGUCCAGUUUGUAAAACCAGUUUCCCAAAAAGACCUGAGUUAUAUGUGAAUACAUUUAUCUCUGCACUGGCUGCUCCAUUUAAGAAGUCAGUGGAAAAACCCAUCCAAUCUCUGGUGCUCUGUGAGGCUUGCUGUGAACAGAAAUGUGCAGCUGUGAAGUCCUGCCUGAUCUGUAUGGCCUCUUACUGCAAGACUCACCUGGAACCUCAUGAGAGAGUUUCUUCAUUAAAGAAGCACAAACUGAUGGAGCCUGUGGAGAACCUGGAGGACUACAUCUGUCAGAAACAUGAGACACCCCUGGAGCUGUUCUGUAUAGAUGACCAGACGUGUGUGUGUCAUUUCUGUACUGAGGCAGAGCACGAAACUCACAUCAUUAUUCCUCUAGAGGAGGAGAGUGGAGAGAAGAAGAUUCAGCUGGAAAAGACACAAACAGAAGUUCAGCAGAUGAUCAAGGAGCGACUGAAGAAGAUUGAGGAAAUCACACACUCUGUAAUACUCAAUAAAAAAACCACAGAGAAGGAGAAAGCAGACGUUGUGGAGAUCUUCAGCAAUCUGAUGAGUGGCAUUGAGAGAAGCCAGGCUGAGCUGCUUAAGGUGAUGGAGGAGAAGCAGAAAGCUACAGACAAGCAGGCUGAAGAGUUCAUUACAGAGCUGGAGCAGGAAAUCACUGAACUAAAGAGGAGAAACACUGAGCUGGAGCAACUUUUAAACACUGAGGAUCACCUCCACCUCCUACAGAUUUACCCGUCACUCUGCAGCCCUCCACACACCCAGGACUGGACUGAUGUCAAAAUUAACACUUCUCUGAGUGUGGAGAGACUGAGUUCUCUGUCUCAGCUUCAGGAAACUCUUAAAGAGAAAAUGGAGGAGCUUCACAACAUUAAACUGAGGAGAAUUCAACAAUAUGCAGUGGAUGUGACUCUGGAUCCUGAUACAGCUCAUCCUUAUCUCAUCCUAUCUGUUGAUGGGAAACAAGUUAAAUGUGGAGACAAUAAACAGAAUCUCCCUGAUAAUCCAGAGAGGUUUGAUUGUUGUCCCUUUGUGUUGGGAAAGGAGGGAUUCACCUCAGGGAGAUUUUACUAUGAGGUGCAGGUCAGAGGGAAGACUCAGUGGGAUUUAGGAGUGGUCAGAGAGUCUGUUGACAAGAAAGGUGUGAUUACAGCCAGCCCUGAGAAUGGAUACUGGUGUGUGUGUCUGAGGAAUAAGACUGAAUAUGAGGCUCUGGACUCUCCUCCUGUCUCCCUCUCCUUGAAACAGGCUCCUCAGAAGGUGGGGGUGUUUGUGGAUUAUGAGGAGGGUCUGAUCUCCUUCUAUGAUGUUGAUGCAAAGUCUCAUUUCUACUCUUUCACUGGUCAGACUUUCACUGAGAAACUUUAUCCAUUCUUCAGCCCAUGUAAUAAUUAUCUGAUCAUCUGUCCUGUUAAUCAAAUCUAAAAGUCAUUAGAGUAAGUUAACAAGAAUUUUAAAAUAUAAAUCUGUUUUACUUUUCCUCUCAUUGUGAUGAUCCUUCAUGCUAAAGUGGUCUAAUCCAUUCAGGAUCCAUCAUUACUCCUAUAACUAAUCUUCAAAUCACAUACACCAGAAUAUGUUUUCAAUCUUUAAUAUGGAUCAGAUGUAAUAUUGCGGGCUAUAUUUUAAAUGUUCAAUAAUCCGUUAAAAUAGAAAAGUUCAUUUUUUAAGUUUUUGGCCCCAAAAAUAACAUCCACACUGAGUGACCAGUGGAUUCAUUUAAUUAGGAUUUUGGAUUGCUUUACUUUCUUAAAGCAAAGACUUUAGAAUCUAAAUACUGUUUAGAUAUAAAAUACCUAUUAAGACUAAAGAAUUAAAAUGUUCAUAUUUAUAUAUUUAUUGUUUUAUUUUCAGCCUGUGCAGUUAGCUCCAUCAUCCCCACACACAAUAUAAAUGUAAAAUUAUAUUAAAUUAAUAAAUGUAUAAAUAAAUAAAAAUACAUACUGUAUGUCCUUUCAUGUAGAGUUGUUCCAUGUGUUUAUUUAAAACUAUAUAUUUUUUAACUUUGGUUUGAUAAGUUUGGGGGGGUUACAAAAUGGGGGAAAAUGUUUUAGAUUUCCUGCAUUUACGUACAUUUAGGGACUAUGGUGAUACAAAAUCCAGGAAAUAAUGAAGUUGAUUAUAAUGAUAAAUUCUGCCAAAAAGAAUAGUAGGCUCCUAAACUAUGUACACAAAAAAGAUCCCUCACUUUUAAUGUUUAAUAGCGGCCGAUCACCAAUACUUAAGAGAAUCAUUUU